AUGGAGGAAACCACACCCGCAGGACGCCCCAUUAUUGAUAGAGAAAAAACUGCGCCGUUCCUCGUCCGCACAUUCAUCAAAAUUGGCAGCUUCCAUCGCCUCCCACAAUUCGAGGAGGGGACAUUACCAAUUGCCGAUGAGCAGCAGAUUUUUACCUGGAAGGAUGCCACCUUGCGCGAAGUCCUGACGACCCUGCGCGCCACCGCACCUGCCCUUCCAGAGAUCCGCCAUCCCCUCGCCCGCUAUUCCUUCCGCGCACUGUAUGCUGACAGCGCGACACGGGGUCGUGUCACACAGAAAGAGCUCGGCGUGGUCUACUCACGAGACAUCCUUGGCGAACCUGGUUCGCUCGACGCGCCAGCAGCUCGCCUUCUCGUCGACGAGGACAUCCCUCCGGGAAACGAUGAGCGCACGCUUGACGAGCUGCGAUUUGUCCCUGGCGACUAUCUCUGCGUCGCUGUGCACCUUCCAAAGAACGCAACAGUAGCUGUUGGCCCGGGCGGCGAGCUGGCUAUCAAGGGAACAGCGGGACCUGGGGCGGGUGCUGGGGCGGCCAAUGGGUGGAAGAACGGCAGCCGUGCGGAUGGUGGGUGGGGAGGAGGACUCGCGCCUGUGCCUGGUCCACCUGGAGGAUUGGGCCGCGGGGGAGGACACUGGCGAGGAGACUCCAAUCCUGCCCCGUCUGUCCCUCGCGGUGGACGCGGAGGGCGUGGAGGCGACUUUUCUGGGAGAGACGUAGACAGGCGUGUGCCACCGCCGCGCCGAGACUCGCCCCCACCCAUCAGGCGGGACCUCUACGGGGACCGUGACAGAGGAGGGCGACGCGCAUCAUCGCGGUCGAGGAGUCCACCGAGGAGGAGAGGCCGGUAUGACUGA